GCAAUGUCAUUUGUGCCAGCCAGUUUUGUUGUCUUCCUCGUCUAUGAACGAUCCAUCAAGGCAAAACAUCUACAAUUUGUCAGCGGCCUUAACCCAAUCAUGUACUGGCUCGCUAACUAUGUUUGGGAUAUGUGCAAUUAUGUGAUUCCGGCGGUGUGUAUCAUUGUUAUUCUCCUUGCGUUCCAAAUUCCGGCCUACGUCUCUUCCACAAACCUGCCAGCUAUGAUUGCACUCUUCUUCCUUUAUGGCUGGUCAAUGACCCCCGUGAUGUACCCAGCCUCGUUUUUCUUCAAGGAGCCCAGCACAGCCUACAUUUGCCUGAUUGUCAUCAACCUGUUCACGGGAAUCACAUGCAUUGUCUGUAGCUUCCUACUAGAGAUAUUCUCAUAUGAUAAGGCCCUGAAUCGUGUACAUGACAUUACAUGAAGGAUGUUUUCCUCAUUUUCCCAAAUUACUGCCUUGGUCGGGGCCUCAUGGACAUUGCCUUCAACCAGUACAAGAAUGAGUUCUACUUUAAAACUGGUCAGUAUGACAAGAUGUUAUCCCCUCUGCGCUGGGACCUGAUCACCAAGAAGCUAGUCAUAAUGUCCAUCAUGGGCCUCGUCUUCUUUGUCAUCACCCUGCUCUGUGAAUAUAGAUUCUUCAUCAAAGCCAGGCGGCACGUCAAAUUUGCUAGUAAUGGAGUAGGGGAGGAAGAUGUUGAUGUGGCAACGGAAAGGAAGAGGGUCACACGGGGAACAGGCCGGAAAGAUCUGCUUCGUCUAGAAAACCUGACCAAGGUUUACAAGACUCGUAAAAUGGGUCAUCACCUGGCAGUGGACAAGAUGUGUAUUGGCGUGCCAGAAGGAGAGUGUUUUGGCCUCCUGGGAGUGAACGGUGCUGGAAAGACAACAACAUUUAAGAUGUUGACGGGGGAUCUUCGACCUACAUCAGGCGACGCUUACCUCAACAGAUACAGUAUGACCAAGGACAUGUUGAAGGUACAACAGAACAUUGGCUACUGUCCACAGUUUGACGCUCUAUUCGAUGAAUUAACAGCUCGUGAACACAUACAACUGUACAGUAGACUGAGGGGUGUACCUCCAUCUGAGGAGAACCAGAUAGUAGAAUGGGCACUUAAAAAGCUCAACCUGACGGAGUAUCAGAACAAACUGUCUGGCACGUACAGUGGAGGAAAUAAGAGGAAGUUAUCCACUGCUAUAGCUCUCAUAGGUCACCCUCCACUGAUUUUUAUGGAUGAGCCAACUACUGGCAUGGACCCACACUCACGGCGCUUUUUAUGGGACCUUAUACUGAACCUCAUCAAAGAUGGCCGCUCUAUUAUACUGACAUCUCAUAGCAUGGAAGAGUGUGAGGCGCUAUGUACCCGUCUGGCCAUCAUGGUGAAUGGUCAGUUCAAGUGUCUGGGAAGUAUACAGCAUCUCAAAAAUAAGUUCGGGGACGGAUAUACUCUUAGUCUUCGACUUAAAGGGCCAGAGUUUGAACACUCACAGACGCGUGCAAGACGGUUUAUUCUCCAAAACUUUCCGGCUGCAGAUAUUAAAGAGUGCCACCACAACUUGCUUCAGUUUGAGUUAAAAAGCCAGGAUAUAUCACUAUCGUAUGUUUUCUCUAAACUCGAGGAAGCCCAGACUGAUCUCAACAUAGAGGACUAUUCUGUCAGCCAGAAUACUCUCGACAAUGUCUUUAUAAACUUUGUGAAGCAACAAGUGGAGAAAGUGCAAGAGAGCGAAGACUCCACCCUAGAUAUCCAUGCUUCCAGAACAAGGUCUCGUGCAGUGUCAUCUACUACAAAUAUAUCGUCUUCGUCUUCGCAAGACGAUGAGAUGUUGUCAGACUUGCAGGCUGAGGUUCCCUUGGAAACAGAGGAUGAUGAUGUCCCUUUGUUAGGAUUUGGAGGAGCCGGGACUCACUUAUCCCUGCUCAGUAUGGAUACAGUCAACACAUGAUCAAGAAACAAUUCCUUAAUAGAGACCUGCUAUCUAUUGCAACAGUUCUUGCCAAAAGCAAGUAAAGCCAUAUACAU